CGUCGCAUCAAGACCGCAUCACGAACAAAACACCACCACACCACCACCAUCCCAUCCCAUCGCAUCCAAAAUGGAAGACGACGACCUCGACUCGGAGAUCUCCACCAUCCGCGCAGAAAUCCGCACCCUCCAACACCGCCGCCGAAUCCUCAGCUCGAGCAUCCUCGCCUCGCGGCCCCUGCAACGUCUCGCCACAAAAGCGCACCCCCAAUCACCCCCCUCCGCCCAAUCCCAACACCAGCAGCAAACCCAGCAAUGGGCCGAAAUCUCCCCGCUGCUACAAUCCAGCAGCGCGCACGCGCGAACCAACCACCACCGCAUCGGCUUUUCCACGACCACCUUCCCCUUCAAAGAUCCCUCCCCCACAGCAGACACGCCGAACCUUCUCGGCGUGAGGAUCGAUAUCGGUCUGCGGGACGGGACGUACACGAAACCGUAUUACAUUCUGCUGCGCACGGGGACGAAUAGGGAGGGGAAGAAGGAGGUUAGUGUGCACCGGCAUACCGUGCCGGCUGUGGUGGAUGUAGGGGGGUUGGAGAGGGGGUAUUUGCCGCGCAGUAAGGUGCCGACUACUACCGUUGACGGAGAGGAGGUGGAGGCGGAGGCGGAGGCGCAGCUGAAGCCCUGGAAAUACAAGCCCAAGAAACAGGAUUUGAAGGGGUUUGUGCGCGAGGUGCGCAAACAGUUGGUUGUGUGGCAUUUGCGGUGCGAUGCGGUGCGGUAUCUGAGGGAGAAGUUGGGGGUGGUGAGACGCGGAGUUGAUGACGAUGCGGCCGGAUUUGAGGAGGAUGAGGAGGGGGGUUGGGAGAGGGAUAUUCUGGGUGCUGCGGCUGGGGUCGGCGAGGAGACGCGCAUCGCGAAGAAUGACCUGGGAAUUGUGUCGCUGGGGCCGACGGCGCUGGAGGCGGUGUAUGUCCGCUUGGAGUGGGAGGAUGGUCGCGUCGGGAGGUUUAAGAUCUCGAGUACUGGCGUCGUCGAGAGGGCGGUGGUACUGGGGGAUAAUGGGAGAGAUAAGGAGAUGGAGGAUGUGAUUACAGGGGGGGAUGGGAGGGUGGAGACGUUGUUUGAUCGGUUGAGGAAGCAUGGCUUGUCUGAGCGUGAAGAGGGAGGAGAUAGGUCUGAACACGGAGAUGGAGGGGAGGGGUCUGAACAGGGAUAUGGAGAGGACGGGUCUGAUCAUGGAGACAUGGGUGAUGAAUCUAUCCUGUGAGGCAUGGUCGUGAAAUAACUGUUCUUGUGUUUUCCGAUUGCGACUUAGCGAAUUACGCCUCCUGGCUGGAUAUAAUGGGACUUUACGGGAUUUGCACCUGCCAAAUGUCU